CACAGUACAAUACAUCAAAAUCGUUUCAUUUUCCGAAUACUACAAUGAAAUUUCUACAGCGCCAUCUAGUAGUGAGAAAACAGAAUUCGGGGGCAAUCUUGGCGUCUGUCAACUAUAUCAAAGUCCAGAAAAAUAUUUGUUGUUUAGAUUUGUAAUUGGAGAGAUCGCAGAAGAGAGAAACGUUCGGAUAAUAUAACUGAUUCAUAAUGUAAUGAGAAAUAAGAAAAUCACGUGGAUAGCCAGACGGCUUUAAAGUGACUAUAUCCGCCUUGUCUUAAGCCUAACUUCAACCGAUCAAAAAUAUGGCGACCAAAGGAAACGAUGCCAGAACAAUUGAGGUUGUCAGAAAUCAGGUUUUUGAAGUUGGUCCUCGUUAUACUAAUUUAGCCUACAUCGGAGAGGGAGCUUAUGGAAUGGUUGUGUCUGCAUAUGAUAAUGUAACAAAACAGAAAGUUGCCAUUAAAAAAAUUUCACCUUUUGAGCAUCAGACAUACUGUCAACGAACAUUACGUGAAAUCAAAAUUCUUACAAGGUUUAACCAUGAAAAUAUUAUUGACAUAAGAGAUAUUCUUCGAGCUCCUACAAUUGACCAAAUGAAAGAUGUCUAUAUUGUUCAAUGUUUAAUGGAAACAGAUUUAUACAAGCUACUAAAGACACAACGGCUUAGCAAUGAUCAUAUCUGCUAUUUUUUAUAUCAGAUACUUCGAGGCUUGAAAUACAUUCAUUCAGCUAAUGUUCUUCAUCGUGACUUGAAACCAAGUAAUUUAUUAUUAAAUACAACAUGUGAUUUAAAGAUUUGUGAUUUUGGAUUAGCCAGGGUUGCAGACCCAGACCAUGAUCAUACAGGAUUUUUAACAGAAUAUGUAGCUACUCGUUGGUAUAGAGCACCAGAAAUAAUGCUGAAUAGCAAAGGUUAUACGAAAUCAAUAGACAUUUGGUCAGUUGGUUGUAUCUUAGCUGAAAUGAUUUCAAAUCGACCAAUUUUCCCUGGUAAACACUAUCUUGAUCAAUUAAAUCACAUACUAAGUAUAUUAGGUUCACCAUCUCAAGAAGACCUCAAUUGUAUUAUUAAUGAAAAAGCUAGAACUUACUUACAGUCUCUUCCUCAUAAACCAAAAGUACCAUGGACAAAUAUUUAUGCUGAUGCUGAUAGGAAUGCUCUAGAUCUUCUUGAUAAGAUGUUAACUUUCAAUCCUCAUCGGAGGAUAACUGUUGAAGAAGCUUUAGCACAUCCAUAUUUAGAGCAAUAUUAUGAUCCAGCAGAUGAGCCUGUUGCUGAAGAACCUUUCAAAUUUGAAAUGGAAUUGGAUGAUCUUCCUAAAGACAAACUUAAAGAAUUGGUGUUUGAAGAAACUGUUUUAUUCAAGAGGCGAAUUCAACAACAGCAGCAGCAGCAGCAACAACAACAACAGCAACAGCAGCAGCAGUCUUAGGAUUUUGGGUUCACUGUUGGUGCUAAAUCACCAUCAACCACAGCAUACCUAUGCUUAAUGUCAUGUACUCAAGAAUAAAAAUGAUACUGGCAGUAAGCAUUAGAAGAUUCCCUGCAUUUGUCUUUCUUCAUAAGGCUAAAGCCUUGCCAAUGUUCUUUGUACACAGAUAAAAUUCAUUCUGUAAUUAGGUUAACCUAAGAAUGUGAGAUAACUGUAUCCAUCAAAAUCAGUGCAUUGUUUUGCAUUUUUUGCCAUUUUUUGCACAAUUUUUACAUUAACUGCCCACAAUGUAUUUUUAAUUAAUUUGCACUGGUAUGUAGGUAAUUCUCACUAAUGCUAAGUUUUUGGACAUGUAAAACAGAUUAUUUUCAUAUAUAAUUAGAAUUGUAAUUAUUUAAAACAUUGUAGACAAAAAAAUGUUAAGAAGUAAUGAUAUAUAUAUAUAUUAUAUAUAUAAUUUUCUUAGUAUA